AUGCCGAAUGUGUCUGUCGACGUGGUUGGGGAGAGCACAAAAGAGCAGUGGAGUACAACGUUUCGAUCAUCCAAAAGUUUUAUCAUUGUCGUUGUUUCAGUUGCUAUUUUUGCAGAUGUUUUCAUAUAUGGGAUGGUCAUACCCUUGAUUCCGGCUAUAUUAAAGGAUAGGCUUCACUUACCUGACGAUCAACUUCAAACAUGGAUGGCGAUUUUACUCGCGACAUUCGGCGGUGCGCUGCUCGUUAGUUCUCCUGUCGUUGGGUACUUCGCCGACAAAGGUUCUUCGCGAAAAGGUCCGUUUCUAGUCGGCUUGAUUGCAGUCGCUGGCGCGACGAUCAUGUUCUGGCUUGCAAGGUCUCCCACAAUGAUGAUCGUUGCGCGCAUCUUGCAGGGAGUCGCUGAAGCCGCUAUGUGGACUAUCGGAAAUGCCCUUGUGGUCGACACCAUGAAAAAGGAUCAAUUGGGUGUGGCAAUGGGGUAUGUCUCCAUGUCGAUGAAUAUUGGCACUAUGGCUGGCCCGGCGUUAGGUGGUAUUCUGGUGGACCGAGCAGGUUAUGAUUCGGUGUUCAUGGUCGCUUUAGGUCUAAUAGGCAUUGACGUCGUGCUCCGGUAUCUCAUGAUCGAGCCAAAGACUAAGCCACAUGUUAAGGUCCUUGAAGGGGAGACUGAGCCCUUGCUGAAUACCUCUUCGGUAGACUACCAGACUCAUGAUUCGGUCCAACAACCACAGUCGGAUAUAGAUAACUCUCCACAGUCUUCGAGUCGCAUCCCGCCUAUUUUUCGUCUAGCAAUGUCUGGCCAGCUUUUGGUAUUGUUAAUUGCAAGCAUUGCCGACGCAGCGAUUUGGACUACAUUCGAGACGGUAUUUCCGGUAUUCGUGAUCCAGAAAUUCCACUGGGGGUCUUCUGAAAUCGGCAUGUGCUUCUUGGUCUUGACCUUACCUAGUAUAAUUUCUCCGAUUGUUGGGUUAAUCAUCGACCGUUAUGGCCCUCGCAUCGUAUCCGUCACCACAUUCUCCUCUCUCAUCCCGAUCUUCAUCCUAUUCCAAUUCGUCACGGACGAUUCACUACAAUCCCGGAUCUUGUUCGUAGCAUUACUGAUAGCAGCCGGAUUCUCCUUCUCAGCAGUACUUCUUCCUCUCAUAGUGGAAAUCAGCGAACCAAUCGAACGAAAAGAGAAAGAAUCCCCUGGCAUAUUUGGCGCAAAAGGUGCUAAUGCACAAGCUUAUGCUCUUCACGGUAUGGCAUGGGCUUCUGGACAGUUGCUGGGACCGAUUAUUGCGGGGACAUUGGCCCAGACAGCUGGCUGGGGGGUCAUGAAUAUUGUUAUGGCAGUGAUAAGCGGCUCAACAGCGCUGAUGCUGGCGUGUACGAGUGAAAAGAUUCGGGGAAUGAUUUCCAUUCCACGGUCCAGCAAGGAUCAGGAUGUCGAAUCAAGGGGUGAGAUGGUAUGAAUGACACUUUGGUAGUUAUAUGUAUGUGAAAUGACGAUUGAUUGAAAACAGCGAUCUCAAGCAAGGCAUGAUGAGACAAUGCUGGGCGAACCUGAAAAUUGACGAUGUU